UGUUUUCCAAUCCACUUUAAUAUCUGGGGAUAUGAAUACUAAAGAAUUCCUUGACUUCAGUGAAAUAAAACCACCUUCUAAAGGAGCCCUGGAGUUGGUUUCUUCAUGUCAGAAACAGAAAACUAUGCCACUGACAAGGAGUGCCUUUCUAAAACGUAAAGCUUGUGAGCCAUUAUCCCUUGAAUCUCCAGCAAAAAUAUUCUCAAGAAUGAAAAAAAGAUCAGUUCUUGUCAAAGAGAAAAACAAGCCUCUAGAAACUAAAUUGUUGGACUCAAAGAGAACCACAGAUUAUAUUCUCACUCCUGAGAGGCACCUUGCCUUUCUGCAAAGACCAGAAAAAAUACCCAUAGUUGAAGAUAAACCAAAGAAAAAGCUGAAUGAAGAUUUUCUUGAAAAAUCCAAUGUAGAAACAGUUUCAGUAGCAAAUUCUACUGCAGUGAACAAAAAUAUAUGUACUGCAGUAACAAGUCCUCCAGUUCUGGAAUCGCCUAACAAGUUCUUCUCUCGUGUGAAACAGAAGUUGCAGGAGAAUCUGUCUGAAAAAGCAAAGCAACCUUUAAUCACAUCCAGUCCAACAAAAAAACUUAAUAAUUUUAAUGAACAAUGUCUAAGUACUACUGCUUGCCAGGAUGAGGAGUUUAUUGUGGAACCUGCUGAAUUGGCCAAUGAGACUUUUAACAUAAUACCUAAUCGUGUGAUUGUGAGUGAUGGUCCUGUUAAAUCUAGAGAAUUCUUGAAGGAAGGAGCAUCUGGAAAACAUCCUCAAGAAAAAGGAGUGGUACAUCCUUCCAAUAAAAAAUAUGGCCAAAAGGGAGGAGAAAAUGUAGGUGCUUGGUCACAGAAAACUUCCCAACACUUGUGUGAUAUAAUUUUUGCUACUCCAAAAGUCCAUAUACCAAGGAAACAAAGACAUGCUUCCAAGAUGCCCUUGGAUGAACCUGAGACAGGCACAAAUGAAGAGGAAAAACAGAUGAUAUAUAUCAAUGGGUGGAGAAUCAGAGUGAUCAAUAACAAUACUGCUGUGUGUGUGGAAGGAAAACGGAGAGAUAAGAAGAAUAUCUUCUGGCAUAGUAAUGCAAUUGUAGAACGAAUUGGACACAAUCAAGUCAAAACCUUGUCAGGAAAUGUCUACAUAUUAGAAGGGCGUAUUGAUGCAGUUAACAUGAAGAAAGAAGGAAUACCAUCUAAAUUCAUAAAGAGGUUUGGGACUGGAAUCCCAAGAAACUGGAAAAUGCUUGUUGAUGAUUUGCUUCAUUAUUUGAAAAGGAGAGAACAGCGAGUGUUUCCUGUAAGUGAGGAUAGCAAAAAAAGAGAAACCAAAUGCUCAGAAGAACUGGAUCUGCCCCAAAAUAUUGAGAGAAAAUAUAAAAUGAAAGACACCACUUAUAAUGUAUUGCCACUGCAAAAUAAUGAAAUAUGUGGUAUGCAGAUGAAAACAACUGAUUUGCAGAGUGAGCAUGAUACAAGUUUCACCCGUAGUGGGCGGCGUGUUAGGCCACCCAUGCAGUUCUGGUGUGGGGAACGAAUACUUAUUGAUCAGGCAUUAAAUAUCACCAUGACCAAAGGAGGUACCAACUACUUAUCACCUACAGUGAACAGCACACGACUUGAGGAUAGGCAGACUUUCAAGUCUCCAAAGAAAAAUAGUGGGAGUCUUUUAAAGGAUCAUAAAGAAGUGCCUCCCAAUCAAGCUAAAGGAAGAAUUAAUAUGAAAUCAGAGAAUGUAACUAGGAAAACUGAAUGUAAAUUGAAGCAAAAGUCACAACACCUUAUUUCAGACACUGAUGAAAAUGAUUCUGAAUUUGUCAUUAAAGAUAUUUACAAGAAGAGAGCCGUUGUUACAUUGACACCAUUAAAUAAGAAAAUGUCACAAGAAAAGCAGCAGUCAAAGGAUAAAAGGAGGUCCAGAAGUGAGCAAAAUGUGGCUAAGGAGGGGGAAAAGAUUACUUGCUAUGAAAGAAAUUUGGAUGAUGGAGAGUUAGACACUUUGAAAUGUCCAUUAAAUUUGUUGAAACAAUGUCACCAAACUGAGAAAGUUGUGGAAAGUGUCCCUUGCACAGAUGAAGAUGAAUCUAGUGAAGAUUUCCCAUGUAUCAAAAGGAAAACACAACCUUUCAAAAGAGAAACAUCCAACAAGGAGCACAAUAAUACACAAAAACCAUCAUGUGAGCAGAGAAGUACAGAGAAUUCUGUAGCACCUUCUCAGAGUACAAAGAUGAAAUGUUCUUACUUUGGCCAGAAGAGCAUGCUAGAAGAGUUACGUAACAAGAUUUCUUCUCCUGACUUGUGUACCAGUUCUGGGCUAGAGAAAUUGAAGAGACAAAAGUCACAGAAGAGGUUCGAGAAAACCAGAAAAAAUGCUCUUGGAUCAGAGACUGAAAGUGAAAACAGCAUUGAGGAAUUUCCUGUGAAAGAAAGUAGGUUAAAAAUAGCUGCCAAGAGAACUAAUGGUGACAUUGCAACUAGUGCAAAAACCUUGCCUGUGAUUGAAAGGACAUACAGCCAGAGGAAGUUAGGGAACACUGUGGAGUCUCUUCCAGAUAAUAAUGAAGACUGGACUGAAGAAGAGUUGCAAAAGUUGUACAGGGCAGUGGCUUCUUUUCCUAAACACAAAAGUGGUUUCUGGUUGGAUGUGGCAAAGAGUAUGGGAACACGAUCUGCUGAAGAAUGCCAACAAAAGUACAUGACAGAGCAGGAAGGUAGAAAACGGGCCCCAAAGAGGACCACCAAGCCUGGAAAAAAGGAAGAAAGAGAUAAGGGGACAAAACAGCCAUUGGCAAAGGUGGGGACACUGAAAAGAAAACAACAGAUGCGGAACUUCCUCGAACAGAUGCCCAAGGAUAAUCAUGAUGACAUCUUCUGUGCAACUCCUUUUCAGAAUAAGAACACAAAAUUGCCACAGUUCUGCGUGGCCCCAGAGGAAGAUGUUUUCCAGUUGAAAGACAGUCAUCCUAUCACACCUGCUUCAGCUAUUUUUCCUUUGGUGAAGACUCCCCAGUGUGACCAUGUUAGCCCUGGCAUGCUGGAAUCCCUGGAUAGGAAAGAUCGUGAAAAACGUGUCUUUCACAUGCAAAAUAAUAUCAAAGGCAAGGAGCGCACAUGGCAGAAUGUAAAGAAGAAAUCGGCUGGGACAGUGUUCACUACUCCCAUGUCUCGAAGAACAAAUGUCUUUAAUUUUGAAGACGUUGCAACUUCUGAUGGGGUGGGACAUCUCUUCCAAGUGGAACAAGGAAUACAGUCUGAUGAAGAGGAUGAUACGUAUUUUUCCACAUAGCCAGUAGCUACCUGCCCCAGGCUCAAACUCUGCCAACUCUUUGGGAUAUUUCAUCUCACCUUCUCAUAGCCACAGUAAUUUCUCUAGAUUGUUUUUAAUGAAUUGCAAAUGGCUGAGUUUUGAUUUCAGUCUGUUUUGGAUUGAAUUAAGUGGCUCCCCAGUUCUGUGCUCUCAAGGUAUUCAAAUGGAGAAAUCUACCACAGGUCUGUCUUUAGAAGAAGUGAUGUGGAGAUUAUGUAGACAAGUAGCUGUGGUGAUUGCCUUUUUUAAAAAUGGAAGUAAAAUAAUGUUUUUAAAAGUUACUUGUACGAUAAACCUCAAUAGCAUUGUAAUAGCAAAGGAUCUCUAUAUUUUCUGUACAAAGAA